AUGUCGACCCCUGCAAGGAAGAGGUUGAUGAGGGACUUCAAACGGUUGCAGCAGGAUCCUCCUGCGGGCAUCAGUGGCGCUCCUCAGGACAAUAAUAUCAUGCUUUGGAAUGCGGUUAUAUUUGGGUAUUUUUCAACAAAAUUAUGUUUUUUCUAGAAAUACUCUUAAACUUUACUCAAUGACUGCUUUUACUUUUCUUAAAUUGCAGUCCUGACGACACCCCUUGGGAUGGAGGUGAGUUUCUUUAGAAAUCUAUUUAUGGUAUUUCAAAUAGACUUAGUGGGAAAACAUAGCUUGCUGUCUAUUUUCUACAUGGUAAUUUUCAGGGGGUAGUCUUGUUUUGUGAUGGAUCUGUCGGAGACCAUUUUUAAUUCUUUUAUUCUUUUCACUUUCAGAUCUUACUUUGUGUCCUGUUCCUCUGCUACUUAUAAUUAUGUCUUUUGCUGCUGUCUGUAUUUAUCCGAGAUGCAAGUUCAGACUGGAAAUUUGCAUAGAUAUCAGUACCUUGGAUUCAUUUAAUAAAAUUUAUUGUUCAUACCCUGCAGAUGGCGGAACUUCUGAUAUUUCUAGCAAUACCAAUGUCUUUCAUUUUAAUAUUUCUGACAAGUUCCAUAUAUGUAUAUGCCUUCGUUUUGUGAUGGUGUUGAAUAUAGCAUCAUAUACUUCAUUGGAUGCAACUCAGCUUGACUGUUGUAGACAUUCACUUCUAAGAUAUUAUAAUUAUUUAAAUACACAAAUCAUUUGAGCGGCCUCAACAAUUUACCUUACCAUUCUCUCUCUCUCUCUAUAUAUAUAUAUAUGUGUGUGUGUGUGUGUGUGUGUGUAUAAUAUAAGUGGGAAAAAGGCAGCAAGAUGCCAUUUUUAGCAUCAAGCACAUGGGUUGAAUAUGUAUGAUCAUUAGAGCAGUAAAAAUGGCAUUUUGUUGCUACUUCUCAUCUUCUGGUUUGCCAAGUUGAAAAAUUCGAUAUCAUUUAGAAGGGUGUCAUGCAAAACACCAUCCGCAAUCCCAGUUAUGAUUAUAUUGUAUUUCAUUAAUCGUGGUUUUACUAUUUUUAAUUUUUUAUAUUUAUCUUGUGAUGAGUGUGAUUUAUCUGUCUAAUGGUCAAAGAUUAUUUGGGUAUGUAUGACCAUUAGAGCACUAAAAAUGGUAUUUUAUUGGUAGUUCUCAUCUUAUGGUUUUCUAACUUGAAAAAUUCGACAUCGUUGAGAAGGGUGUCAUGCAAAACACGAUCCGUCAUCCCAGUUAUGGUUAUAUUGUAUUUCAUUAAUCGUGGUUCUACUAUUUUUUAAUGUUUUGUAUUUAUCUUGUGACGAGCGAUUUAUUUGUCUAAUGGUCAAAGCUUAUUUGAGUCCCCAGGUACGUUUAAGUUGACGCUUCAGUUUACUGAGGAGUAUCCAAAUAAACCACCAACUGUACGCUUCGUUUCUAGAAUGUUCCAUCCCAAUAGUAAGUAAAAAUAUCCUUCCUCCAUUUUCCUGUAUUGGAUUGAUUGCUCAUUAUGUUGCCUCGUUCUCUUUGUUCUCUUUGCUCCUGUGUAUUUGUUGUAGGAAUUUACUGAUAUUCGUCUGACAGUGUAUUUCGAUGGUUCUGUCCUGAUAAUCUGAUGGUAUGCUUCUUAAUCGAGGCAUGGGAACUGAAAUCAAUGUAAAUGGACCAACAUGUAUUUAUUAUGAGUACUGUACUAACAUUAGCUGUUGCAUUUCGUGUGAAAUGAGUUGGGAAUGUUCCUGUCCUUUGUGCGAUAUUUUUUGGCUGGUUGGCUAACAAUAUUCGUUACUAUUUAAUCGUUCAGAUUACAGACUGAAUAAUAGGGUGCUAAAUAUUAUCAUGUUCUACUUUCGUGAACAUUGUAAAGUGCUCCUUGACAUGAUGGCAUCUUUUUUUUAAAUUUACAAAAGGCUGAUUUUCUUUGGUCCCUGCCAUGAUGACUGGAAUGGUUUAAUUCUAACCUAAUUCAAUGAACUUAGAUUUUUCGGGGUUGUCUGGGGUGGACGGUUUAUUGGAGGAAUGCAGGAGCUGGGCAAAACGAUCAUUUUGGAUUACUUUUCAUUUAUUUUAUCCAUAGUACGGGCACUACCCAAUUCUAAAAUAAUGAUGAGGCUAUGGGACCCUGAGCUCUGCAAUCUGGACCCUUCAUCUGUAGGGUAUCAAUGGCAGAUCCCUCUUGUAAUUCACUGAUCUGAAAGUUUGAAGGCUUAUCAUACUGGAUCCGAUAUAUGAUGCGACAUGUAAUAUUGCUCAAAAGUUUUCCCUAGCAUAUCUUCAGUCAACUUGGAGAUCCUUAUCUUUAGCCCCUGGUUAGCAAAGUACUCAUGUGAGAUGUGGUGUAAGCAUUUGAAACAUCCUUGUCUUGGUGUAUCUGCCGUCCUAGCCCUACUUCGUAACUUUUUGGGAAAUUUGAAUUUCCGGUGAUUGCCCAUUUUAGAAAAGUGUUUCAGAUGCUCGGUUGCACUUAAGAAGGAUAAUGCCCUAUUUCUCUCUGUAGUUUAAAUUGUUUAUUUUUUCUAUGCUUCACCUGACUGAGUAAUAUUUCUCCUUUACUUUUUUAUUUUUUCGAGUUGGGGGUUGGGUGGGCGUUCCUCUUUGCUUUUUAGGUUCCUGCACAUGACAUUGACUCUCUGUUUCUUCCUGUUGACACGAAUUGGAAUUGAUGAUGCUUGUAGAAAUUGGUAUAGGUUCGCAUAGUGCCAGUACUUGCUAAAGUUUGACAUGUGCACCUUUCAUCGAACAUGUGAGAUUUUUCCAAGUCAUUUUACUGAGAAUCUUCAGUUCUUAGUCAUACUGAGUCGUUGUUUGGUUCAUCAUGAAACUUUCACUUGGUACCUUAGCUUUCUACUGAUCCUGUGCCGAUUCACCUCUCUUCUGCCAAUUCGUGCUGCAGUUCGCAAUUUGCUGCCCUCUCCUUCGAGCACUUCAAUAUUGUAUUCUUCGUUUCUAAUGUUUCCCCUUAUAUUUUCUCUCCAGUUUAUGCAGACGGAAGCAUAUGCUUGGAUAUCUUGCAAAACCAGUGGAGUCCAAUUUAUGAUGUAGCUGCAAUACUGACAUCAAUUCAGGUAUAUUUGAGGUUUUAUGCUACUUAAUGCAUCUUUGAUCCAAGUUUGGCUGUUGCUUUUGCUUCUUGCUCAAAACCCUACUCCUUCCUACUUCCCAGCUUGGUACCUGUGGUUGAGCAGUUACAUCUCCCACAAAAAUAUGAUUGCAUGCUGUUCUUAAUUAAAAAAAAACAUUAUUUUCUUCCUAGUGAGGCCUCAAAUUGGUCGGUCUAAUUUUAUUUUAUUUUUUAAUGAUUUCAAAGACCCAAACAUAACUAGAUUUCAGAAUCAGAAAGAAAUAUACCAUGCCAUUGUAGUACCAAAAAUAAGCCGAGCGCCAAGUUUGAUUAGUUGGAAGGGCAUCAUUGUGUGGGAUAUCUACCACUGACUACUGUUGAGGAAUCCUAUCAUGAUUAGUCCAAUGCUUCAUUUCUGACAAUAGUCCUCUGGGAAUUCCCAUAAACUGAGAUUGUGCACAAGGAAUAUAAUCAGAGAAGGAGAAUAUGCUGGCUCGUGGGAUCUGUAGUAAAGAUAAAUAACAAACUUCUGGUGGUUGCAUGCAAGCACGGUCGUCUAGCUUUCUACGAGUGAUAUCCAGCAGCCUGGUUAUUUGGAGACUAAGUGUGUAAAGCUAAAAUAAACCGUUUUUAAUGGCAAUGGAGAACAAGUUAAGCGUCUUAGGUCCUUGUCUUAGCAAAAUUGUCUGUCACUCAGAAAAUAGGGAAGAAAUUGACAAGGAGCAUAUUGUCGAGAUAUGCCCGAUUCUUUGUGUGGUUGGAGGUACAAUUGGCAAAAUUGUGUGGUGUGAAUGGGAUGGAUAUGGGAAAAUAUGAAUGAUAAAUUUUUGUUGGUAAAAGUUGGAGAAGAAUUGUAAUGUCUCACAGUGAAGAACAAUAUUAAGGUGUGGAUAUUUUAUAGAUAGAUAUCUGGGUGCGUUGCCUAUCAUCACUUUGCGGUGUGGUCAUUCAAUUGAUAGUAUCAAUCCGGUUCAUCAAUUUUGAUGCGACAUAGAUCUAGUUUUCAUCUCUAGUUCGAGAUAAAGGGAUGGAUAAGGAUGAUGAUGCCUCUAUUUGUUGAUGCCGCGAAGUAUCUAAAUAUGUUGACAUUUACUGAAAAUAAUAGUACUCUGAUCUUUUAAUCAUUCAACUAAUUCUCACUAACACGUUCCACGACUUACAAAUUGUUUGGUUAAUCACUUAAAUUCCUAUACUCAUCUAACUUGAAGAACUGAUGAUCUACUAUGGCUCUGUGGAAUGAGUACUGAGCACGGUCAGGGAUUCUUAAUUGAAAUAAAACGGCAUCCAGGAGUUUGCUACCUUGACAGAUUUUAACACUCUCAUCUUGCUUGCUUCUUUCUGAAUCUAUAACCAUUCUUCCUUCUUUCUCAGAUCAAAUUAUCUGUUUCUAGCUGUUCUUCAGUCGAUUGAUCUCUAGACAACACUAGAACGGAUCCCUUUUCAGCUUUUUGCCCAGACCUAGUUUCAGAUCCCAAUGAACUAGCAUACUUGCAUUCACCUUAUCGGGAAAAAAAAUUCGAUAUAAAAAAAACGAGCUCAUGACCAAAAUAAAAUGGAAUAAAAUAAAAUAAAUCUACAAUUUAGAGGCUGGCCAGCUGGAACGAGCAAGCAUCAAUCAAAAUCAUCCCUGGGAUUUGCUAGCGUUAGUCGAUCCUCUGGUUUUUCCCGACGUUUAAUCAAUUGUUCCUUUUGAUGGGUCCCAAGAUCUUCCCAAGAUCAUAAUAUGGGUACGGGCGAUUAAUUCUUUUCUGUUCUUCCUUACUCACAUGGCCAGUCAUUGCUCUGCGACCCAAACCCCAAUUCUCCGGCGAACUCCGAGGCUGCUCGCAUGUUCAGCGAGAACAAGCGGGAAUACAACAGAAGAGUGCGAGAAAUCGUUGAGCAGAGCUGGACAGCGGACUGA